UCAAGGAAAAAAACAUAAAUAAAAAGCAGCCGAAAGAAAAAAAUCAUUUGUCUUUUGUCGGUAUUUAAGAACGUUUGGACGUGUGUCGGACGUGAGUUGCGCUUAUUAUCGUUUCGUCGUGAAUUUUUUGCCGCAAACAAUUAACAAUUUGCAAAUGCUUUAGAACCAGAACAACAAAAGCAACAACAAUAAUAAUUUUACAUAAAGAAGUAAAAAAGAGUGGAGUGUGUGUGGUUAAUGCUGCUGCUGGUACAUACAAGAAAUUGAAGUGGAAUAAAAAAAGCAAACAAAUACCAAAAUAAAAAUCAAUUGAUAAAAAAAUACAAAAAAUUAAGUGAAAAAAGAAAUUGCACCAAAAUGUCUCCCUGCAAUCGCAUAAAAAAUUCCCAAAUUCUAAGGGAGUAAGCUGAGCGAUGUGAAUACACAUCAAAGGAGCAAAUAAAAAGAAAACAAAAACCUUCCAGAAAAGAAACAAAAAAAGUUGUGGUCAUUUCCCCAAAGUUUGUGUUUGGGGACAUUGUAUUUUUCGUUUUUGUUUAGGCGGAAGAGGCAAGUUUUCCUCUGCCUAGUGUGUUUAAAAACAAUAGUCAUCAUAAAAAAGAAGAAACAAAAAUAACAGGAAAAAGAAAAUCCAAGUAUACCAAGCUAGUGUCUGCGCUCUGCAAAAACAAAAAAUACAAAUAAUUCGGAAAUUCAUACGUUGCCCAUUGUUUGUAACAAAAAAUUAUAAAUUCGACAUUGUUUGCUAAAGGAUUAACAUAAAAAUGACUUCAACAGAACGCUCAUUCGAUUUUGAUGUCGAUGAUGCCAUCGAUGAAGAUUCCGGUUCAGAUUUUGAUGAGGAUGAAGAUCCAGAUAAAAUAGAAGUGCCGGGAGGCGGCAAAGACUUAAUCACAGCUGUUACCUAUGCCAAAAAGAGUACCAUAAAAAAGCAAGGACAAGUAAAUAACAAUUCAUUGCUGAUAUCAAAUCAAACGAGUGGUGGAGGUGCAGCAUCAACAGCAUUUAAUCGUAGCAUAAUGCCUAAGAAAACCCCUAGUCCGGCCGUUGGCAUGCCUGCCCCUGCCCCUAGUGGGUCAACAAAUGUCGGUGGAGGCGCUGGUCCAAGCACUGAAUCUGCGGUCGGUGGUAUGCCAGCCUUUAAUACAUCACAAUUAAUGGGUAUGGCUGCCUUGGCUGCGGCCAUGUUUAAUGCCACCAGUGAAACUAAAACAACAGGUUCAAAUAGUAAUAAUAGCACUACUGGUCUCAGUGGUAGUGGUGGCCUAGGUGUUUUGGCUGGUCUCCAGGCUACAACAUCAACGGCCUCCAGACAAAUGCCCCCAAAUUCUGUUAGUUAUCAAGCCAAUACAGCCUCAGGCCUAAAUAAAGCCGCCUCUUUAUUGGCGCAGAUGACCAUGGGUCUUGGAAGCAUGCAACCUGCCCCCGCACCCGCUGCCAGUACGGGCCUAUCGACACAAUCCAAAAUGAAUAAUAUGGUUUUGCAAAAGAUACAAGCUUUGGUGGCAGCCAAUCCACAGUUUUUAACCAGUGGUAUACCCAAUCAAUUGCUACAGCAGCUGCUAAUGCAGCCCAUGAAGCAAGUUACUCCCGCCCCGGUCUUGGCCCAACCAGAAGAAGAUGAGGCCGAUUACGAAGAAAUGGGCGUGGCCGAGACCUAUGCCGAAUAUUGGCCAGCAAAAUUGAAACUUGGCAAGAAACAUCCCGAUCCUGUGGUGGAAACAGCCUCAUUGUCAUCUGUAGAACCCUGUGAUGUUUAUUAUAAACUAUCCAUACCCCUGGAUACCAUACAAAGUGGCCAAUUGAGUGCUCUGCAAUUAGAGUCCAUAACCUAUGCCUCGCAGGCCCACGAUCACCUGCUACCCGAUGGCAGUCGAGCAGGCUUUCUUAUUGGUGAUGGCGCUGGUGUGGGUAAAGGUCGUACCAUUGCUGGCAUCAUAUAUGAAAACUAUAUGAAGGGACGCAAAAAGGCCCUUUGGAUAUCGGUAUCAAAUGAUUUGAAAUAUGAUGCCGAAAGGGAUUUAAGUGAUAUUGGGGCCACCAAAAUUGAAGUCUAUGCUUUGAAUAAGUUUAAAUAUGCCAAAAUCAAUUCAGAAAUCAAUAACAAUGUGAAGAAGGGUGUCAUCUUCAGUACCUAUUCCGCCUUGAUAGGUGAAUCCAAUAAUAAGACUGGUAAAUACAAAUCAAGACUUAAGCAAUUGCUGCAAUGGUGUGGUGAAGAUUUUGAUGGCCUCAUCAUAUUUGAUGAAUGUCACAAGGCGAAAAAUUUGUGUCCAGUGGGUUCGGGAAAGCCCACAAAGACCGGUCAAACGGUAUUGGAAUUACAAAAUAAAUUGCCCAAGGCAAGGGUGGUAUAUGCCUCAGCCACAGGUGCUUCGGAACCCAAAAAUAUGGCGUAUAUGGUGCGUUUGGGACUCUGGGGCCAGGGUACAGCAUUUCCAACAUUUAAUGAUUUCAUUGCGGCCGUGGAGAAGAGAGGUGUGGGUGCCAUGGAAAUUGUGGCCAUGGACAUGAAGCUAAGAGGCAUGUACAUUGCCCGACAACUGAGCUUUCAUGGUGUAACCUUUAAAAUCGAAGAAGUCCCAUUGUCCAAAGAGUUUCGCCGGAUCUAUGAUGAGUCGGUUAGAUUGUGGGUUGAGGCCAUGCAAAAGUUUAUUGAAGCCGCCGAAUUAAUUGAUGCCGAAAGUCGCAUGAAAAAGACCAUGUGGGGCCAAUUUUGGUCGGCCCAUCAGAGGUUCUUCAAAUACUUGUGUAUUGCUGCCAAAGUCAAUCAUGUGGUACACAUAGCCCGUGAGGCCAUCAAAUAUGGCAAAUGUGUGGUCAUUGGUCUGCAAUCUACCGGUGAGGCCCGCACCCUGGAACAAUUGGAAAGAGAGGAUGGUGAAUUGACGGAUUUUGUAUCGACAGCCAAGGGUGUUUUCCAAUCCCUUGUCGAAAAGCAUUUCCCAGCCCCCGAUCGCAAUCGCAUUAAUCGCAUUUUGGGCCUGUCCGAACCAGAAAGUCGUAAAUCCAUACAAUCGAUCAUUGCCGAAGUCAAGGCCGCGAAUAGACACAGAAAUGAUGCCUCCUCCACCUCGGCGAACAAGCGUAAAUCUUCAAGAUCCGAUGUGGGCAAUAGUAAAAAAUCUCGCAAAAAUUCCUGGGAUAAUAAUUCGGAUGAUGAUGACGACGAUGAUGAUGAUGAGGACGAGGAUAAAGAUUCUGACAAGGAAUCAAAUAAUGAUUCAGAUGUCAAGAAUUCCGAAUCUGAGGAUUCAGAUACGGGCAAUCACACUGAUAGCUAUGAUUCGGAAUCUGAUUUUAAUCCCUUUGGAGCAAGUGGUUCUGAUUCAGACACAGAUCCCUGGUUGGCUCGAGCCAAAAAGAAGAAGAAAAAGAAGGCAAAGGCCAAGGAAUCGUCAUCAUCUUCAGCAUCUGCCAGUGCGCUAACAAAGGCCAGUUCCUCCUCCUCCACAUUGGCCAACCAUAAUAGCUUUUCUUCAACGCUGAGCAAUAGCUUUAACAUUUCGCCACCCAAAAAGAAAGUCCCCAUUUCAACACAGGACAAGAUUCAAGAUUUGUUGCAAAAAAAGCAGGAGCUUAAGGGCACAGUGACACCCAUUGGGGUGCAUGGCGUCAAACUGAAUUAUGGUCCACCGCCCAAAGAUGCCAUUGAAAAGGCAUGCUCCAUGAAGGAAGAGUUGCUGAGGAAAAUAGAAUUGCUGGGAGAACGUUUGCCACCCAACACAUUGGACCAGUUAAUUGAUGAGCUGGGCGGCCCGGAUAAUGUGGCCGAAAUGACAGGUCGCAAAGGUCGGGUGGUCCAGUCGGAUGAUGGCUCCAUACAAUAUGAAUCACGUUCCGAGUCAGAUGUACCCCUGGAAACUUUGAACAUUACCGAGAAGCAACGUUUCAUGGAUGGCACCAAAGAUGUGGCCAUUAUUUCAGAGGCAGCCUCCAGCGGUAUUUCAUUGCAAAGUGAUCGCCGGGUGAGGAAUCAAAGAAGACGUGUCCACAUCACCCUGGAACUGCCCUGGUCUGCUGAUCGUGCCAUCCAACAGUUUGGUCGCACCCAUCGUUCGAAUCAGGUCAAUGCCCCCGAAUAUAUUUUCCUUAUCUCUGAUUUGGCUGGUGAACGACGUUUUGCCUCGACCGUGGCCAAACGUUUGGAAUCGCUGGGAGCCCUGACCCAUGGUGAUCGGCGAGCCACCGAAACGCGAGAUCUUUCCCAAUUCAAUAUUGAUAACAAAUACGGCCGCACGGCCCUCGAAACUGUGAUGAAGGCCAUCAUGGGCUAUGAACAGCCUUUGGUGCCACCGCCCACCGACUAUCAGGGUGAAUUCUUUAAGGACGUUGCCAAUGCCCUGGUGGGUGUGGGUAUUAUUGUGCAAAGCGAGACAACACCCGGACUGCUGAGUCUCGACAAGGACUAUAAUAAUAUAUCCAAGUUUUUGAAUAGGAUACUGGGAAUGCCGGUGGAUUUGCAAAAUCGUCUGUUCAAAUAUUUCACCGAUACCCUGACGGCCAUUAUAAAUCAGGCGCGCAAGAAUGGGCGUUUCGAUUUGGGUAUUUUGGAUUUGGGUGCCGCAGGAGAGAAUGUUACCCGUGUGAAAUUGGUGCGUUUUAUACGCAAGCAUGCCACAGGCAAGGCCCCAGCUGAGCUGCACACAGUGCGCGUGGAGAGAGGCAUGAUUUGGCAGGAGGCAAUUGAGAAAUAUGCCGAUCUAAUUGGUGAACAUGAGGGCUUCUAUUUGUCACAUCAGGUGCGCAACAAUAAACGCACCGCCAUCUUGGCCGUGGAAUUGGAAAGCCAGCCCCAAAAUCAAUUGCAGGCCAGCAAGAAAAAAGAGGGUGGCGGCAAGCCAAGUAAAAAAGAUAUCAUGUUCCAAAUCUAUCGUCCCAAUACGGGCUUGCAGGUACGCCAUGAAUCAUUGGCCGAAAUUGAAAAGAAAUACAAAAAGGUCACAAUGUCAGAGGCCGAAAAACACUGGACCGAACAAUAUGAUGCCUCGGUGAAUACUUGCUCGCAUGCCUAUUGGAAUGGCAAUUGUCGUAAUGUUAGCAUGGGUUCCGAGUGUGAGGUUGGUUUACGCCAGCGUUUAUAUAAUGUCUUGGCCGGUUCGGUAUUAUCGGUAUGGGCCCGCGUGGAGCAAAUUCUGGCCAUGCGUAAUGCCAACAACAAAAUGCAAGUUAUUCGCAUGAAAACCACAGAGGGUGAAAAAAUUGUUGGCACUCUUAUACCCAAGUCAUGUCAUGAGCUUUUACUACAAGAUCUUAAGUCUGAUGCGGAUCGAGUUGAAGAAGUGAACUUCUAAAAAUACAACAAAACACAAGACACACAACAAACAAACAAACAAAG